AUGUCUGACAAUGAGCUCGUGGACGAAGUUCAGACACUCUUUAACGAGACAUACUACACCUUCGCGGCAUUCGCAUUACUCGCGUACGAGUAUGUGAUCACCUUCGAUCGCGAAGUGCGGCUCGUCUGGGGCGGCGGGGUCACCGGCGCGAACACGCUGUUCGUGUUGAACAGGUAUUGGCUGUUCUUUCAGUAUGUAACUCAGGUCGUUACGACGUAUCCAAUAUCACAAACGAGUUGCACCGUCGUCGGAUACAUGGUGAUAGUGGGUAAUGGUGGCCCGCCCUUCAUCUGGGCUGUGUUCUCCACCCUCCGCGGGUACGCUCUGAGCGGGCGUAAGUGGUGGGUAGCGAUCCUCAUCUUUGCUUUCUUCCUCCCGGAUAUCGUCUUGACUGCCAUAUACUACUCGCGCCUUGUUCCAAUAGCGGUCGAGCCGCCAUUUAACUGCCUUCUGGCCUCAAACUUGCCCGAAGCCACUUGGAUCCAGUUUACAAUAGCAUCACGCGUUUGCCUCAUCGUUGGCGACCUGAUCGUCCUCAUAGUCACUUGGCACAGCACGUUUGGCAUUACACGGGCGGCUCGGGUCGCGAACAUCCGCAUGUCCCUCACGACCGCUAUCCUAAAAGACGGAACGCUAUACUUCGCGUGCCUGCUCAUUCUCAAUGUCGUGAAUAUCAUCGUCAACGCUGUACCUAAUAGCAGCGCCGUCUCCGCUUUUCAAGACCCCGUCACAAGCAUCCUCGUCUCCCGCUUCCUCCUCAACCUCCGCGACACCCUCGGCGGAGACGUGCACGACACCCGCCCGUCCUUCGUCGCCUCCACGCGUAACGGGCCCCAUGCAGCGUCCACGGGCAUGCAGUUCGCGAACUUCGUAGACCCGAUGGGCGCAGAGCUGGACCAUGGCCUCUCAGGGUCGGACGGUUCCUAUUCCACGGAAUGGUCCGAGGGAGACGAUGAGCGCUUUGCGGACAACGAGAUGGCGAGUCUCAGCACGAUAGUAGCUGCGAGCCCUUCUCACAUAGUGGUGUAUCUGAGGUAA